GUGGUGCUGAACGCAUGUCAUGCGCCCAAAACUGACAAUAAAUUAAAUCGGAUCGAAUUUUAAACGGGCAUGUCUAUUUGACGCCGUUGAAAGGAACUUUUGACAAUAAAUUGAUCUUCCGUGGUUAGUUAAUUUUUUCGCGUAAUUUUGGACGUGAAUUAUUUUUGAAAUUUUGGAGUUUUUGUGGCGCGAGGUGGCGCUAGUGAGAACCAACAGGAUGUGGUCGAUCUGGCGAGUAUGGAGCGUGGCGGUGUGUAUAUGCGCCUGUUCAGUGGCCCAACGCAUAGACCAAGAGCCCAUUCUCUCCCCGCGGCCCGCGAGGGUACGCGAUCGCGACAUGAAGCCCGACGAGCCGACGUGCGACCAGUUGAAAGCUAUGUGGAGGUUCUCAAAGCGGCAAGCGCGGGCCCCAGAGAUUAUGAACGAGGUGAACACAUACCGCGACCCGCUCAUGUACAACGAGUGGCCGGUGUACACUGCGAUGCCGCGCGCUGCACCUAGAUUCAGAUAUCAGUACCCGUCCAUCCCGCGCGAAGCGUACGGACGGGUCAUCACGAAAGCACCGCCUAACGUCGUGCGCACACCAGACUAUGGCGAGAUGUUUGGCAUGUUGAAUGUACCACAUACGUCUGGCAAGAUACUGAGAUACUCUGGGCCUUCCCGACCUCGAGGAGGUCCCACGUUCAUGGUGCCUCCACAAAGGGACAGAUUCGAAGCACUGAAGAAAUUGAUUCGUGAGGAGCAUGUCCGUGAAUUGCAGCGAAAAUACGAGACAGAACAGAAGCAAGAACUCAAAGAGAUUGCGGCUGGACGCGGUAAUGAGGACUAUGUGUACGGCACUUAUGGCGAGCAGGAACCAAGGGGACUCCAGCCUUUAGAAUAUGCGGCCGAUGAGCCUGCUGCAAGACAUGGAAAGAAGCCACAAUCAGGCAAUCGCCAAGCGUCGCAGUUCUCGCGCUACUCCGACGUGAUGCUGCCGCCAGUUCGCCGCACGUUCUACCACCCCUACUUCGACUACCUCUCCGAGUACGCCCCCUACUACUGAACCACUUAGAACAGCCCAGAAAACGUCUCAGAACAAGCAGAACGAUCGAGAACAUUCCAUACGGGACACUCCCUUACGUACAAAACCUUCUCUGGCUUUAAAAACUCCAAUGUAUUAUUAUAAUUAUAGUUACGGAGCCGGUGGCAAAUUAU